GCGGGUGAGGGAAGAAGACCGAGCACCGGGACCCGACAGGCCGGGCCGAGGGGCGGCGGCGGCGGCGGCAGGCAGAGCGCAGAGAUCUCUGUCGGGAAACGCGACCUCCAGUGGCCCCGCGGGGCCAUACAGGGGACGUUCUCAACCCCGCGCCCGCUCCCUCUUUCCAUCCUCUGCCGCCUGCAGGCCACCCCGGGGCCCGGUUUUUCUCGCGCGCGUCCCGGGGCCCGGGCCCGUACUCGGCCCUCUAGGGACCCGCUGCCUUCGCCAGCACCUCUGCAGCGGCCGCGUCAAAGGCCGCCCAGCCAGGACCCCGGCGUGUGCAUCGAGCACCCGUCCAGGACUGCACGACCCCCGGAGUUGCCCUCAACACGGACCGCGCCCGCCGGGCACACAAGAAUGGUCACUCAGAUACUUGGGGCUAUGGAGUCUCAGGUGGCAGGGGGGGGUCCGGCCGGCCCGGCCCUGCCCAACGGGCCGCUCCUGGGUACCAACGGAGCCACUGAUGACAGCAAGACCAACCUCAUCGUCAACUACCUGCCCCAGAACAUGACCCAGGACGAGUUCAAGAGUCUCUUCGGCAGCAUUGGGGACAUCGAGUCCUGCAAAUUGGUUCGGGACAAGAUUACAGGUCAGAGUCUUGGCUACGGGUUUGUGAAUUACUCAGACCCCAAUGAUGCUGACAAAGCCAUCAACACCCUCAACGGCCUCAAACUACAGACCAAGACCAUUAAGGUGUCCUACGCCAGACCCAGCUCCGCGUCUAUCCGGGAUGCCAACCUCUACGUCAGCGGCCUCCCCAAGACCAUGAGCCAAAAGGAGAUGGAGCAGCUUUUCUCCCAGUACGGCCGCAUCAUCACUUCCCGCAUCCUGGUGGACCAGGUCACAGGCGUCUCCCGGGGUGUGGGCUUCAUCCGCUUCGACAAGAGGAUCGAGGCCGAGGAGGCCAUCAAGGGAUUGAACGGGCAGAAGCCGCUGGGCGCGGCCGAACCCAUCACGGUAAAGUUCGCCAACAACCCGAGCCAGAAGACCGGCCAGGCCCUGCUCACGCACCUCUACCAGUCGUCAGCCCGGCGCUAUGCGGGGCCCCUGCACCACCAGACGCAGCGCUUCCGGCUGGACAACUUGCUUAACAUGGCUUACGGAGUCAAAAGUCCCCUGUCGCUCAUCGCCAGGUUCUCGCCCAUCGCCAUCGACGGCAUGAGUGGUCUCGCGGGUGUCGGCCUGUCGGGGGGCGCAGGGGGCGCCGGCUGGUGCAUCUUCGUGUACAACUUGUCGCCAGAGGCGGACGAGAGUGUCCUGUGGCAGCUGUUCGGGCCCUUUGGGGCUGUGACCAACGUCAAGGUCAUCCGCGACUUCACCACCAACAAGUGCAAAGGCUUUGGCUUCGUCACCAUGACCAACUACGACGAGGCGGCCAUGGCCAUCGCCAGCCUCAACGGCUACCGCCUGGGCGAGCGCGUGCUGCAAGUGUCGUUCAAGACCAGCAAACAGCACAAGGCCUGAGGCACCGCCUGGCCUGGGCAGCAGAGAGAGACAGAGAGAGAGAGAGAGAGAGGGAGAGAGAGAGAGCGAGAGAGAGGGGGCCGGAGACGGCACAGGCAGACCCUGCACGGCCCAGGGCCUCGCAGCCUGGCGGAAGCCAUAGGGUGAGCACUCGGGGAGGGUGGCCUCAGGGUCUGCAGGGAAAGGGGAAGGAGGCCCGGGGGUCCCCCACCUCAUGCUCCUGCCGCCUCAUCCCGGCCUGGGCUGUGCACUCUCUCGUCUUGGUUUCGUUCAUGGCGAUGGUUUUGUUUCUUUUUUCAGCUAAAGAGAAAGAUCAGGGCCCCCCCCCCUCAACCACCCUCCAUGGCAUGGUUGGGGGCAGUGUCACCGGGGGGUGCCCAGGCCUCCCCAAUCACAUCUAGGUGACCUUGAAGAAGGGGAGGGGGAAGACAGGUUUAACAAUCCCCAAAAAAGCAAAUCGUGAGGAGGGGAGGUAGGGGCUUCCUCCCCCAGAGCCCUUCCUCGGAGGAGAAGAAUGAGGUACAGCUAGGAGGGGCUGAAACAGAAACAAAAUGGGAAAAAAAAAAGGGGGGGUGGGAGGGGCAGAAAAACUCUAUUUUUGUAAAAAGGGGAAAAAAAAGACCUCGUGGAGAAUUUUUACUGGGGAUUCUUGAACUUGAAAAAAAAAAGACAAAAAAAAAAGAAAAUAUUUUGGCAAGUUAUGUUUACCAACUGGGCAGGAACACGGAGCAGGGCACCCCGGCUGGGGGCCACCAGCGCACCGAGAAACAGCCAGGCCGGGGUGCACGCGCACACACAGACACACUCAGACAGUCCCAGGUACCCACGGACACGUUGAGGGUGUCAGGGGCCAAAUUCAAAGGCGCAGCCGAACCUGGGAAGCUGAGACGGGGGCUGCCAUGGGCGUGGCGUGGGCGUGGCCAAGCCUGGCCGCGGGCGCGAGGCACGCGCACGCGCAGACUCUCCUGUCUAUGCGGCCGUGGCCACCUUGGGGUUUAGGCACACAAAUGCAGGCACCCGGUCCCAGGGACACAGCCAGGACACCCAGAGACACAGCAACAUGCCUCUAGUUCCCCUCAGGCCCAGGUAAGUGGACCGGCCCCACCCGCUUCCUCCAGCUAGGCCGCCACCCCCCCCCACCGGGGUGGGCAGUUGCGGGGGCGCCGCCCCCCAUCUCCCUGCCGCCCACGAAUGCAGGCGUGCACACACAGCGUCCAUCCAGACACACGAUACCUCGUUCCACUUUGGCGUCACGGUGGGUCGGAGGCCGCCCUCCCCACCCCCAACAUUUGAGGCCAAAGGAUCCCCCUGACCCUGGAUGUGACCCUCCCCUGGGCCAGAGUCCCUAUUUCCCAUGAGGCCACGGGGGAAGGCUGGCCCCCCCAAACUCCUCCUCCAGGCCCAGGGGCCCCACACUCCUUUCCCGUCCACUUGUGCCCCCCCUUUCAGUUUGUUGGGUUUAUCCGUCUUUCUACAUGAGUGAGGGCCAUGGACCCGGCCCGGCCCAGGGCUUCUGUUUCAUCUUUAUUAUUAUUAUUAUUAUUAUUAUUAUUUUGCCUAUCCCAGUAGUUUUCAUACAGAUCCCAACAGAAGCCCCAGGCCGGAGUCCCGGGGGAGCCCUCCCCACAGCCCCCCAUCCCCUUCCUGCAGCGGGUCCCCUCCCUCGUCGUCCCAACUGAGAAUCGCAAACCCCAAUUUCAGCUUUAGUUGCCUUCCCUCCGACGGCCCCGCGCGCCCAGCUCUCUCUCCCCGCCUUCCCAGUGUUGUUCGUGGGGCUUCUUCUGCUGCAAGGAACAAAAAAGAGAAAAAAAAAUCAAAACGACAAAAAAAAAAGUCACAAGAGAAAAAAAAAUGACAAAAAAAAGAAGAAAAUCAAACACAGAAGAGAUUAAAAAAAAAAAAAGAAAAGAAAAAAA